AUGGCUGACGAUCCUUGGGACGACUGGGAGGCUGCUGCUGACGCUGGUCUCGAGCCAAAGCCUGUUGGGACACUUGAUGACCAUGAAAAAAAUAAACAAAUAUGGCAAGAAGCAAAUUCUUACGUGCAGCCAGAAAUUACUCGUACAGAUUCAACUAGAACGGAAUACGUACCACAACUUCGAAUUUUAAAACGUCCCAAGAAUCCUGGAUCUACAACUACUACACAUCCUUCUCAUUUACCGAUAAAUUCUAACGCCACUUUCAUCAGUGAUUCCGGCAGCUUUUCAAUAAAUUCAAAGCAAACUAAAUCAUUGGCUGAUCGUGAAGCGGAAUAUAUCGCUGCAAGACAAAAAAUCUUUGGACAUACUGAUGGCGUUGAAAAUAAUAACGGAAAUAUUGGUGGUGGAAUCACUGGUGAUGGCGGUGAGUGUAAAACUCAAAAGGGAAAGGUAAUCGAAGAUAGUAAUAAGAAUUCUACUAUAUUGACUGAAAAGAUACAAGAGGCAGCUAAGUGA